ACUAUCAAAGACAAAUGAAAUAUGGAGUACCUGGUGUUGAACUAGCGGAUUUGUUAAAUUAAAAUAUAGUCGAAGUAGAUGUAGAGACUAUUUAGCUCACAUUUAUUAAAUAGCAGGUUUUACAUUUCGGUAAGCCUACCUUUCAUACGGUUUCACAAUGGACAUUGAGUCAAGAAGUAUCGAUAUUGCGAAAACUGCUUCUAUUGAUAUGAUGACUUUAAACAAUAAGGUGAGUUUACUGGACUUAACGUGGUCACCUAAAUAUCAGUUAUUAAAAUGAAGGCUAUAGACUAUAGACUCUAUAGAAAUAUCACCACAAAGUUUCGCGGUUUUCGUCAUACUAAUGCUUUGUAACUUUGUGCUUUCAUAAAUAGCUGGCAAGAUAUCCCUGUAGGCCUAUUUAUUAAUAUUUAGCCUAGUAGUACCAACACAUUAGUCUUGCCAUGCUGGUGACGUAAUUAUUUUGUUCGGUGGCUAUUUCCCUCACCUUUCUUGGUGGGGGAAAUUAUUAUUUAUUUUUAACAGGGUCUCUUAAAAGACAUCUAAAUUGGUCGCCUAAAUCAUAAAAGUAAAAAGGUCUGCAUUAGGCCUACUACAUGAUUAUAAUACAAGCCAGUGAUACAAUAACUAUCAUAGGAUUAUGCAAUAUUAUUCACCUUUGCCUAUGACAAAAUUGAUGAGCAUGACAGUGAUAAAUCAAAAUUAAUAUGACAAAUGAAGGAAUUAAAUAAACCUAGGGUUCCAAAUUUUAUUUUUGAAAAAAUUAAAACAAAAAUAAUGAUAUAAAAUUUACCAUUCCACUAGUUUUUCUUCCACAAAACUGUUUAUGUUUGCUUAGGCCUAAUUAAAAUUUAUUUUUGGAAAUAAAGGACAAGUAGGUCAUUAUGCAGCUGUGAGAGGUUUUCGCAGUGUAUAAGUCAUAUAACAUAUGAUGACAGCAAGACGUCCAGCAAUAAUGAAUAUCGGAUUGCCAGCCCAGAGACAGACAGACAGUCUGACCUCUGGUAGACGACCAAAAACCCCAGUCACUUUCGGCCUUGAUGGCUGAAAGUCCCAAUUACUUUCGGCGCCAAAACCGAAGCUGAAAUUCGGUCGGUCUCUAGUCAAAACCUAGGUUCCGAUCGGGUCCAAACCCAGGUUAGGGAUAGGGAUAGAUUUAGAUUUAGGGUUCAGAUUGGGUUUAGGGAUAUAUUUAGGACAUUUUUGAAUUAAUUUUUAACAUUUUAUUCUUAAUUUUAGCAAAUGUGACUUAUUUUAUUUUUCCACGGCCAUCAUCUUGGUUGCCAAGACCAGUGAAACCGUCAAAGUUCUCGGGUCGCGGCAACCAAGAUGGCAACCAUGGUAAAAAACGCGGUGCCAUCGCAUUUACCAAAGUGGGUGUCGGUAACAGUUGCUACCCUAGGAGUUAGGAGGUUGCCACAAGAGGUGAGGGUCACCGGAUAGAGCAGGGUGACAUCAGAGUAGACUGCCAACUGAACAGGAUUCCAUCAGAACAAGGGGCCACAAGAACAGGAUGCCGCCAUUGCAGAUUUCCACCAGAACAGGUUGUCAUGUGACAUAGCAGAAUGUCAUCAGAACAGGGUGUCAUUAGUGUAGGGGGCCAUAAAAACAGGGUGCUACUAGAAUUGGAUGCCACCAGAUCAGGUUGCUAGCAUAGUAGGUUGUCCAAAGAACUGGGUGCCACCAGACAGAGCAUGGUGCCACCAGACAGAGCAGGGUGCCAUUAGAGUAGGUAGCAAACCAAACAAGGUGCAAUAUGAAAAGGAUUCCACCAUAAGCAUGGUGUCACCAGAGUAGGCAGACUCGGAAACGGUUCAUGGGGAAGUCUGGAGGGGUCAAGAAAAUGCCUGGGGAAGCAAACAAAGACGAUCGACUCACUUUCCAAGAAAAAAAAUCAAGAGGCGAUGCUUGAAUCUAUUAAUCAUUUUCAUUCUGACAUCCAGAUAAUACGAAGAGUCAUCAAGCAAGUAGUAGCUUUUCAAGCUGAGGGUCCAAUCUUGAUAACUGAAGAAGAGUUAUUGGAGUCCAUCCCCAAAGUGACCACUUUCUAUGAUGAGUUAUUUGAAAGUAAACUUUUAAUUGAAAUAUCAAGGCUGUGUAAGCACCUAAAACAGCAGAUAUUUAUUGGUCAAUAUUUAAAGUUUUGAAAUUCGUAACUGAAUGAAACUUCCUAGAAUCUCCAAAAUCCUCCAAUUAAGCCUACAAUUAUUUAAUUAUUUAUCAUGAUCUGUAUGGCUUUAAAUGAGCGGAGCUUUUCAAAACUGAAACUUAUAAAGAACUAAGUGCAAUUGACCAUAGAACACUUAAGGCUUUCUUGUCUUGCGAUUUUGUCAGUAGUUCUAAGGCAAAGACUGUUAUUUUAGAUGAAGUGAUUUACAUCUUUGUAGCCAAGGAAAGUACACUUUUAACUGUAAUGUUUAAUAUUUCAAUAAAAGGUUAUUUUGUUGCCUUUUUAAAAGUUGUUCCGUCAAAUUAUGUGUGUUGUUGCUUUAGAGCUUAAUUUACAAAUAAUACUAUAUUCGGUUUUAAUAAUCUCGUUAAGAAUUACUCUGAGCAGGUGGGGGGGGGGAGUCCAUAAAGAGGGGGGUAACACUAAUCCUGGACUGGUCUAUACUGUAACUGUUGAUCUACUUAACUAAUAUGUUAUCUGGUAUAUGAGAAGAGAUCAUUACACCAUGAGUAUUACUGUGAAAGUAAGUGUAGAUACUUUUGUAGUACUGAUAGGAAAACUGAGUGUCAGUCUCAUUCUCAGUCACUGAUCCAGUCAGUGUAAACUGUAACUGUAGUCCUCCACUCAGCCCCUGUUGUAGUGAGUAGGUACUAAACUUGACCAAAGAUUUAGUCCGAGGUGUGUGUGCCUCAAGUCUAAAGCAGUGACCUGCUGUCAGUAUCACACAGUGUGACUGUUACAUUACAUUGAUGAAGAGUGUAGGAUUGAGUGAACUGGUGAACUCAGUCAUAGUGACUAACUUAGUCAGUGUUUUAAAUUAUAAUUUACAGGGCACAUAUACUAUUGUUAUAAGGUAAGGCUCUUUUGUUUAUGAGUUAUUCUACUUAAAGAAAGUAACAUUCAAUAGACAACAAGUUGGCUAAUGUCUACUUAAGUUAGUAAUGAUAUCCCAGAUUUUUUUCAACAAACUAUUUGAUAAAAUUCAUGAAACAUAAAUUACAAAAUAAUUAUUGGGCAACAAUGGUAUUAUUAUGCAUUCUGUUGACUAAACUUGUAUAAGUAGAAGGGAGGAAGUUGUAUAAGUAGAAGGGAGAGAAAAGCGUUUUUAUGACUGUAUCUUAAGAGUCACUGGCUGUAGUAUUUAGACAUAGGUUAGCAUCCAGGGCAUCAGAUGUAUAUUCAUUAUAUAGAUUUUUUUUUUAUGCCACUAACUUAAAAUAAUAUUUUAGGUUGUCAAUAUGAGACAGGUUGUGAAACGAAGCAAAGUGCAUGUGAUCAAUAAGCUUUGCAGACAUAUUGCCACUCUUAAAAAGAAAAAGUAAGUUUUUAUUAAUUGUUUAUAUAUUUUUGUAAACCUGUAACUUCAUACAAUUGAUCUAAGAUGCCAUAUCAACCUUAUGACUUUAAACCUUCUUGAAUUAGACUUUUUUUGAUAAAGCUAAAAUAAGUGUAUUUAAAAGCUAUACUUGCUUAUUGGGGAUGUUUUGAAUUUUAUCUUAGGGGUACAGAGGAGCAAAAAGCCAAGAAUCUACGAAAAGCUGAGCGCUUUCUUGAAGAAAUUGAUUCUAUCAAGGUAUUUUUAAAAUCUUAUUAGCACCAGUUUCCUCUCAUCGUUAAAUGGUCAAUUAUGUUUUGAUGCAAGCAAGUCUAUGUGGCACUUCAUAAUUACUCCUUAGUGUUUUGGCAUUUUCAAUAUAUUUAGGCAAUGGUCUUUUCACUCUGCAAAUUUUGGUGUAUUGAACAUUACAAUACCCAGGGGAAGUUAAAUUUUAUUAGCUUAGAACCACUGUAUUAAAAUAUUUGACGUAAAUACAAUAAGAUUAAUCAUCUUAACCAAAAAAUAUAUUGGUUUGAAUUAUUUCAAGCUCUUUUUAAUCAUAAUGUGAAGUUAACCAUGCAAAAGUAAAUCACUAUGCAAAUGAAUCACACGUGUCUGUUUGUCAAGGAGCAUGUGCCUCUUAGGAACGUAAAAUGUUUUUUAUCUUUGCAUUAAUUAUCACUAAAUAUCUGAACAAUAAUAUAGAAAAAAAAGUUAAUAUAUUCUGAAAAAUGUUUAAACAGUUAAUAACAUUCAUUAUGAAAGCUUUUGGUUGAUAGUCCCAAAACCCCACAUGCAAAUUGUCUGCACAAAAUACACAUAUUAAGUGAACGUUGUCAAUGUUUGUUAAAAUGUGAAUGAUCACUAUCCCUUGCUGUAUAGAAAUUAAAAGAAGACAAAGUAUCCAAGUAUGCACUUGCCAACACAAGGACAUUCGCAGACAUUAAUAAGGUAGAUCUUUCAACAGUUUCAGUUUGCUUUAUCCCUUUAUAUCAUUAAUAUAUUGUUUAAAUUGUUUAGCACUCCUUUCACUAUAAAUGUGGGGACAUUUUUUAUCUUUAUAUCAGCAGUAUGGUUUUUAAAUGGAUUAUGUUUGGUUUCAAAUUAAGCCAUUGAAAACUCUUUUACAGGUCAGCGUUUCACCGGGUCCUCGUGCAUUGGGUCGUCUCGCUGACCACCCUCUGAUGAAAAAAGUCGUCUCGGACUUUCGAGAGCAGCAUCAUGACUGGCGAGAUCUAGCCGCGUACUUGCUUGUCAAACAAACCGGGCGGAGAUUCAAAACCAAGAAGCAGAAGCAGAAAAAGCUCUCAAAAUGUGUGGAGAACAUCAACGCAUCAGAGACGAUGACCAAAGCUUACAUACAAGAAAGAUUCGGGAAUGAAGGUCUGGCAAAGGCAGAGGAAAAAUUUGAGAGGAGAAGGAAGCGCCCAAAACCAACCACAGGCAGUCAACCAAAGGAAAACGAGAAAGAAAAUGUGGAAAGAAAAGAAGUUAUAAAGUUUAUUCCUGAUCCAGAGGAAAUCAGUGCACUUCAUAAUAAAAAUAAUAUUGUAGAGAAUGUCUCAGAGAUUUUAGACAAUGACAGUGUUAUUGCUACCAGUAUUAGUACAAAUAUAACAGCAGGGCAUUCGAACCAAGACUCACAAAGCUUAAAUACAUCUGAAGUGGAAACAAGCAACAGUAAAGAUAAUAAGAGACUCAAAGUGAAAGAAUCAAAAACAUCUGGGGUCAGCACAACUGUGAAAUGUGAUGAUGAAAUUGAUUUUGCACAUAGAGACACGAGCAGAGCCAAUGCUCAGAAUAGUGAAGCAGUUUGCGAGGCGGUCGGCAGCAGUCCGAGCAGUGACCAGUCAUCAGAAUCUGAGGAGGAGGAAUCAGAUUCACACAGUGACAACAGUACCUCCAAAGCUGGUAGUACAGAUCCAGGAGAGAAAGAAGAAGAAGAAAGCUCAGAACCUGAAACUGUUCAAGGGAGGCUGGGGCACUCGGUUUCAUUGAAGGAAACACCACAAAACAGAGGCACAAAAGAAGACGGGACAGCUCGUAGAAACGAAUGUGUGGUAAAGGAAUUGGACCUGGGUGGGGAGGAUGCAGAGAACACAGAGAGCAGUGAGGACGUUAGUUUGGAUGAGAGUGAGAGUGAUUUGUCUGAAAGCGGCGAUGAUCUGAGAUUAGAGCAGGUACACGAGCAACGAGAGACAAGUAUCAUAUCAGAAAACAGUCACAGAAAGAAGAGGAAAAAGGCAAGUGUCCCGGAAUUUUUGACAGCUCCCCAAACUAAUCUUGUUAACGACCCUUUCUUUGGCAGCGACGAUGAAAGGGGCGAUAAGUUUGAAGAUGAUGAAAUGAAUGAUGGAAAGGAUUACAGUGAUGAAGAAUUUUCUGAUGUACCCUAUAAGAGGAAGGUUGGAUCAAUGUUUUAUAAUCCUGAGGCAGAUGAUGACGAGAAUUUUAAGAGACCCCGCUUCAUGAGUAAAAAUAGAGGUAGUUCCACCAGCAGGGGCGGUAGAGGAAGAGGCGGUUCAUUUAGAGGCGAUAGAGGAAACAUGCGGGGAAGAGGUGGCAUGAGAGGAGGAAGCUUCCGCGGACGUUCCUUUGGAGACAACAACAGAGAUUUUGACAGGUCAAAUAGGAGAGGUGGUCAGAGUUCCAACUCCAGGUUGGUGUAAAUAACCUUUUUGUUUUACUUAAAAAUAAAUUCAGAGUUGGUAAACAAACAUUAGUACAGUAAAAAAUAAUAAUAUUAUUAAUGUAUAGAAGUUAAUAAUAUACUGACUUCUCCAGGUGUUAAGCAAUAAAUUAAACAACUCCUAAAAAACAAAGUUUUUCUAAAAAUCCUUCAUAUGCAUAUUUGUUUUCAUUUAUGCAUUAUGCGUGAUUUAUGAUAUUCUGGCAGCUGAUUUUUGGUACAGGAAUGGUUUUUAUCAACUUAAGUGCAUGUAAAACCUACUAGACUAAAGAUAUAUUUAAACACAAAUUUGCCACAAAUACAAAGCACUUAGCAACAGCUGCACAAUUAAUCUCCGACCCAAAACUGGUUUUUGAGCGUUGGGGUGGGGGAUCGGGUAGAAAAUUUGGUAAAAUUUGUUGUCAUCUGCCACAUGUCUAUGUGCCAAGUUUCAGCUCGAUGGGAUGACAGGAAGUGGGUCACUUAGCCUUCUGAAGAUUUUGCCACCACAAAAAACGCAUAUAUAUAAGUGAAGGAUUUUAAAAUAAGAAGCAACAGGUUUACUUAUGCUCAAUUCACUCGAUCUAAUUUUCGCCAAAUUUUCUUCAAAUAUCUUUUUUGAAUGCACUAUGUUGUAACACAAAAGACAGCGUUCAAAAAGAAAUUUGAUGAAAAUUUGAUCAUGUGAACAGAGCAUUAGAGCUUUUUACUUAUCAGAUUGCAUUAUAUAAUUAAUGGCUUAAUUGGUUCUUCAUAAAUAUUACAUCAUUUCAGAAAGCAUGGAUAAGGCUUAUUUCAUUCAAUUUUUCUCAUCAUUUUUCUUGUCAUUGAGCAUUUUGAAUAAGUUGAAUAAUUUGACCACAAAAAAAAAAGCAGUUAUAAUAUAAUGUGUAGGUUUUUAUUAGCAAUCAGUAAUUUUAAUGAUCAUCUUUAUCACAGGUUUGAUAACUGGCAAGAUAAAAAGAAAGAUAUUACUGGUAGCUUCGGACAAAAUAAAGGCAUUGAUUUGAAAAAAGGUUAGUUGAAUUAGAUAUAUAUAUUUUGUUAUAUCUUCUGUCUGUUCCAACAAUGUUCAGAAACAGUUUUGUUCUGUUUGUGCGCUGGCACUUUGCUGAAUUGUUCUCUAUUUUGUUCCGUUUGUGCUCAGUUAUUAUUUUUAGUGGACUUAUCAUUAACAGAAAUAGGGGCCACCGAUAACAAUGGGGAGACUGCAAUCAGUUUAAUCAAAAAGAGAAAAUUACAGACACAUGGUAAAGGAGCAGCUGAGAAGUAGACAAAAGAAAACAAUCUUGUUUUUAGGUUUCCCCUCACCCACUGUUUCUUAUUACCUUAUGAUUUAAAACUUCUGUUCUGAGGGAACAAAAAAAAAUGUUCAUGAAUUUGCAUUGGCGUCAGUUAUUAUAUAAAUGAGAAAAUCAUUGGGAUAAAUUUAUGCUCACAUUACAGUUAACUAAUUAUAAGAGGCUUUGGACUGCAAUAAAGCAUUUUUGGCAGAUAAUUGAGACACAAACAGUGGGACAUUCUUUCCAUGAAUCAAAGAAUACUUCACUUUAUGUAUUAAAUUUUUAAAAAUUGUCAUUCAUUUUUAUGUCUUUUUCCAUCGAUAUGAAAUUUAAGGUUAUGAACUAUGAGACUAUUAUUUUUGAAGUGUUAUUUUCUGUCACUCUUUUUUUUUCUUGCACAAGAAUUAAGUCGUUCCAAAAUCAGAAAAAAAGCCACAGCGGGAGUGGGGUGACAGUUUCAACUAAAAUAAAUAAGUUUCUGUUUUGAUAUUUUAAUUUUAAAAAAUGAAGCCAUUUCCCAGAACUGAGGAGGCUAACGAAACAAUGAUUAAUAUUUCCGUUAAAUUUUUCAGUUCCAUCCAAAAGUAACAGUGCUAGUGAGAAGCUUCAUCCAUCUUGGGAGGCCAGUAAAAAACGGAAGGCGGAAAUGAGCGGCAUCACAGCAUUUAAAGGGAGCAAAAUUACAUUUGACGAUUAAUUAAAAUUCAUUUACAGUAUCACGCUUGUUUCUUCACCAUGUCUUGUUCUUUGAAUGUGCCUGGUAGCAAGCAACACACUUUCUUUU